AGAAAANCUGAAUCCCACCGCCACCGGCUCGCCACUCUGAUUUCUUUCUUCUCUUCCCAUCUCCCUUUCUGCUGCAACCUCCGCCGCUGCUACGCCCAUCCUCCGUCUUCUGCCCUCCCUCGCUCGCCGUCGAGACCAUUGUUCAGUGACACACUACAAACAUGGUGUGGUGCAGUAAUUGCGUAAAAAGUGUUGCUGGGUCUCGAGAUGAAGCUGGUUUCCUAUAUUGUGAUAUGUGUGGGAAGGUAUUGGAUUUUUACAAUUUCUCUCAAGAUCCCACUUUUACAAAGGAUUCUGGAGGGCAGAGUCAAUUGUCAGGAAAUUUUGUUAGAUCUAUUCAGAGUAAUUUUUCUGCUUCACGGGAAAGGACACUGAAUAGAGCUUUUGAAGAUAUGAGAUACAUGAGGAAUGGUUUAAAUAUGGGCGAGAGUGAUGAAAUAAUUCGUGUAGCUGGGGCAUUUUAUAGAAUUGCUUUAGAGAGAAAUUUUACGAGGGGACGCAAUACAGAGUUUGUGCAGGCUGCUUGCCUUUACAUUGCUUGUCGGGAAAAGAAUAAGCCAUAUCUUCUAAUUGACUUUUCAAAUUAUUUGAGGAUAAAUGUCUAUGUGUUGGGUGCUGUAUUUUUGCAACUUUGUAAAGUGCUUAGACUUGAAGAGCACCCUAUUGUUCAAAAGCCGGUUGAUCCUUCCCUCUUUAUUGAUAAAUAUACUCAAUGCUUGCUUGGAGGAAUGAAGGACGAUGGAAUGAAAAAGGAGGUCUCCAGAACUGCAUUGAAGAUUAUAACCAGCAUGAAGCGUGAUUGGAUGCAGACAGGAAGAAAGCCCAGUGGCCUAUGUGGUGCGGCUUUAUACAUAUCUGCGCUUUCUCAUGGUGCCAAGUGUACCAAGUCAGAUAUUAUAAAAAUUGUGCAUAUUUGUGAUGCAACAUUGACAAAGCGGUUAGUGGAGUUCGAGAAUACAGAAUCUGGGAGCUUAACGAUGGAGGAAUUUAUUGUCAUGGCAGACAAGGUCAAGGGAAGCAACUCUUCUACUGAGCGCACUGAUGGGUCCAAAAAUGGCUUGAAUACAUCGGGUGAUGAAGUACUUUGCGUGCAUAAGAAUGACUGCAAGAAGCCAUAUGCUCUCGGUCUUUGUAAAAGUUGUUAUGAUGAUUUUGUUGAACUUUCUGGAGGACUCGAUGGGGGAUCAAAUCCUCCAGCGUUUCAGUGUGCUGAGAGAGAGAGAAUGGCAAAAACAAUGGUUGAGGAAGGUGCUAAUGACUCUAGUGCUACUGGAAAACUUCCACGGGGGCUAAACCCAUGCAACAAUACUGAUAAAGAAUUGGACGGUGCACAUGCGGAUGCAUCAAAAAAAGUUUCUUCUACAGAAGAAGCUGAAAGGAAGGGAGCUCAAAGAGGACUUGACGAUGGUGCUUCUGAUGAAUCAGAAAAUUGGUCUGAUAUUGAUGAUAUUGAGGUUGACGGGUAUCUUCACAAUGAGGAAGAGAAACAUUACAAAAAGAUAAUUUGGGAAGAGAUGAACCGGGAGUAUCUUGAGGAACAAGCAGCUAAGGACGCUGCAGCUGCUGCUGCAAAGAAUGCUUAUGAGGCCAAUUUUCAAAAUUGUUCUGCAGAUUUGAAGGCAGCGAAGGAUCUUGCAGAUGCUGCAGCAGCUGCUGUUGCAAAAUCUAGAAAGGAAAGACAACGAAAACGAGCAGCAGAAGCUAAAAAUGCCUCUCCUGCGCAAACAGCAGCAGAAGCCACCCGAAAAAUGUUAAAUAAAAAGAGACUCAGCUCAAAAAUCAACUACGAUGUGCUGGAGAAACUUUUUGACGAAUCUGGUGGUACUGAUCCUUUGUCGAAAAAGAAACGUGAGGAACAGACUGGACAAACGGACAAGGCGCAGAAUAUGAGCAAAGAAUUUGAAUCCACAGAGCACAAAGAGAGUGAGUUAGAGCAGGAAGAUGAUUAUGAUGGUGAGGGAACAUAUGGUUCUGGUCUCUAUUAUGAGAAUAUGGAUGAAGCACAGAACUACGAACAAGAUUAUGGCUAUGAUGAAUAUGAUUGAUACCGAUAUCUCGGAUUCAACUUCAGUCAUACAAGAUUGUAAGCUAGUGUAUGUUGUCAUUAGUUAUAGCUGAUCUUAAUGUAUUUUGCUGCCUUGUAUUUAUAUGAACAUGAUUUUGCUGUCCCACUUGGUCAAUGCAGCCGUUUGAUUAAAUCAGGAGUUCAAAGAAUGUCUAAAUGAUGUACAUGUAGAAGAAAAAAAUGUUGUUCAUUGUGUUUUUGGGCAUUAACGUUGAAGUUUAUCAAUGAAUCAGAUUGUAUCACAUAGCACUAAUUUUAUAGUGAAUCCCGGUUCGAUACUGACCGUGAAGCGA